UGGUUCUUGGUUUAGCGGUGGUCAAAUUAGUAAAGCGAUAAGAUAGAUUUACCUCCUUAACGCUAUUAUAUCAUUAUUUUUGGUCUGUGCCGCAAAUUGUCCAAGCAUGAAUUCCGCGGGCGACGAUAGCAGUAGGACUCCAGCGGCACCACAUGUCUUGGGAAGUUUCUCUAUUGACAGCAUCUUAAGUAAAAGUCACUCUAAGCCUUUGGUUCAAGCCGARCAGACGAAGAAACCACAGGAAAAAGAAACAGAAGAGGAACAAGGUGCUUCGUCUAAGGCUAAWACAAUCCUACAGUCUGCGUCAGAUCAUUUUCAAGUAAAAGAAAGUAGCGCUUCGCUKGGAUCAGCACCAGCAACUAUCAUGAAAGAUGAUUCUAAGAAGAGACCUCGGACAGCCUUCACCAACGAGCAAAUCAAGGAACUCGAGUCUGAUUUUCAAAAGAGCAAAUACCUGAGUGUUUGUCGAAGGAUGGAAUUAUCAAAAUCCCUAAACCUCACUGAAACACAAAUCAAAAUAUGGUUUCAGAACAGAAGGACGAAGUGGAAACGAAAACUUGCUGCAGAAAUGGAGUAUGCKYUGCACGCGCAGGGAUAUAUAUUCCCGUCUCAUCCCAUUUGCCGUGAUGUGGCUUGUAGUUAUCUCCCUACAUGCGCACCGCUGGAUAGUAUACCAUGCCAACAUAUCGCACCUUACCCUGCAGUUCCUUUAUGCAUACACCGAAACGUUGUGGAGUAUUCGAACUACACGGGGACUGUCCCAUUCAUGUCACAAAGACUAUAAACAUCUGUGAAGGAGGAUAACAUAGGACUAUGAGAUAUUUACACUAACUUCAAAUAGUCUUAUAACUAAACUCGAGAAAUACAUGGUAUCAAUAUCAAAUUGUAAUCCCUUUUACGGAAUUAAAGUGUAAAUAUGUAAACAAACAAAACGUUUCUGAAUGCUGUGAUCAAAGAAGGAGUUUCAUGGARUUUGAAUCCACUAAUAUAAAGUCGCACGCAUUCAAGGUUGUGACGAGGAAGUUACUCUGCGCAUUGUAYGGCUGAGCAKRGRAUAGAUAGGUCAAGUUAUAAAAAAACAAGGAUUAAAUCAUUGGGAAACAGUGUAUUCACAACAAAACGUAUUGUACAUAUAAGAAUAAAAUAUUAUUGACUUUUGAA